GAGACAUUCUCAGAUUGUGACACACAUUCAAAAACAAAUUAAGACACGUAAAUAGUUCCAGAGAACUAUCCAGUUAAUAUUGCGUAUGGAUCGCCUUUUUUGUUAUAUACAAGUUAUCUUAUCACUGACGUGUAAACAAUCGAAGUGAGGGAUUUAUUGCGAAUCGAGUGACGCAAAUGCAUGACCUUGCACACAACUCCGAGUAAAACAAUUUUAAGAUGGUUUCGAAAUAUGUAGAUCUCGGGUGACAGUAUCUGAUGACUGAGAAUUAAUUGAACGUUAUACCAAAUUUUAAUUUCUUGUUGAAAAUUUCGCUGGGUGUUCUUUCGAAUUCGUUCCGGGCGAUAGAGCCGUUUCGCGAACGGCAGCCUAUCGAUAUAUUGAAAUAUGUAUCGCGCGAACAAGCGGCGCGUCCUAAUUUCUCGCGCGUUCCUCGCACGCAGGCGUUUCUGCGGUCACCGCGUUAUUGAUUCGAAUGCGCAACGCCCGUGAUUGUCGACGGUAUUCUCAGAAAUGCGGACGUCGCUCGUCGCGUGAAGGAGGAACGCUGGACAGGAGCACCGACAGUAGGAACCUAACGCCUUCAGGGCUUUCAGGUCUGGAGGGAAAGCUGUGCCGUCAAGCGAGGCUCGGAAGACAUGGUUGGGCCCAACGUUUCCUUGUGACUAACCGUCCCGGAGGGUGGAGCGAUCGCCACGCAGGGUGCAUCCUUCAGAACGCCUUCCGAACACGAGCGUGCGAACACCGAACUCGCGACGCUGUGCAAGGUGUAUCCUGUGAGCCCUGUAGCAGGGCCUGGUGCGGCACGAUCCGUAUGGGAGCUAAGUCCCGAUCCCGACAUGGUCGGGCAUCUACCGAACAAUCCGAUAUCCAACGCGAGCCAGCAGAAUCAUCAUGGCUCGGACAAGGAUUCGCGACAGAGGAGCCGUCCUGAUGACAACAUUUACGCCGAUGAAACUACCACCGGCCAGAGUCCCACCGACGAGACCAAACAGAUCUUCGAGCUACUCAGAGCCAGCGAAAUCGAGGCGGUCGAGGAACUAGUGGAGAAGAAUGGAUUGAGCCUGCUCAGCGCGAGGGAUGAAUGGGGAUACACACCUGCUCAUUGGGCCGCCUUGGACGGCAAUAUUGAAGUCAUGAGAUAUUUAAUAGAGCGCAGUGGACCCGUCGAUCUACCGUGUCUCGGCACGCAAGGACCCAGGCCGAUACAUUGGGCUUGUCGGAAAGGUCACAGCGCGAUAGUGCAAUUAUUACUAAAGGCUGGAGUCGCCGUCAACGCGGCCGACUUCAAGGGUCUGACGCCUCUGAUGACCGCCUGCAUGUUCGGCAAGUUCGCGACCGCCGCCUUUCUGCUGGGAUCCGGUGCGUUAGGCCACUUGACUGACAUAAAUGGCGACACCGCGUUGCACUGGGCCGCGUACAAGGGUCACGCCGAGCUGAUCAAGCUGCUGAUGUACAGCGGGGUGGACUUGCAGAAGCCCGAUUAUUUCGGCUCGACGCCGCUCCACUUGGCUUGCCUGUCCGGCAACAUCAGCUGCGUCCGGAUCCUCUGCGAGAAGAGCAAGAUCGAGCUGGAACCGCGCGACAAGAACGGCAAGACGCCGCUGCAGUUGGCUAAGAGUCAUCGCCACUCGGAGAUCGUGCGCAUCCUGCAAGCGGAACAAAAGCGCAGGGCUAGAUGGAUACCACCUAUCAAUGAGUUAUGGGCGCUGCUCUUCGGCGGAGCGGGCAACAGCAAAGGACCACUGCUGCUGUUCAUGAUAUCCGUGCUGGUGUGGGGAUACCCGAUGUACCUGUUGAAGUGCAUUCCGCUGACGUGGAACCUCCUGCGCGGCAGCCACUACUGUUUCAUCUACUGGAACAUCCUCAUGUGGAUCUCGUGGAUCGUCGCCAACAGGAGAGAUCCGGGUUACGUGCCGCAGAAUAGCGACACCUACUAUAGGGCGAUAAAACAGAUUCCGUACUUCGACAAGUGGAAGAAACGGAACGUCUUGCUGUCGCGCCUGUGUCACAGCUGCAGGUGUUUCCGGCCGCUCCGGGCUAAGCACUGCAGAAUCUGCAACAGAUGCGUCACGUAUUUCGAUCAUCACUGUCCUUUCAUAUACAAUUGCGUCGGUCUGAGGAACAGAAUGUGGUUCUUCCUGUUCGUGAUGUGCGUGGCGAUAAACUGCUCUUUCACCUUGUACUUCGCGUGCUACUGCAUCGCAAUCGAGGGGAUUCAACUGCUGUACGUCCUCGGCGUGUUAGAGGCGCUCGUCUUCUGCGGCCUCGGCUGGAUCCUGACGUGCACAUCGGUCUUACACGCCUGCAUGAAUCUGACUACCAACGAGAUGUUCAAUUACAAGAGGUAUUCGUACCUGAGGGACAAGAGGGGUAAAUACCUGAACCCCUUCAGUCGCGGGCCUGUGCUUAACUUCAUCGAGUUUUUCCUCUGCCCUCCGGAUCAUCAGACGAACGAUCCUCAGCAUUACCACAUUCUCUCGGAGGACGUCAUAUAAUACGAACGACGUACGGGCCACCGAGUGACUUACUUUUCACGCACUCUUGCACGGGGAAGCGCAAUCACUUAGUGACAAACGAGUGAUUAUUUUUUCCAGUUAUAUAUAUAUAUAUAUAUAUAUAUAUAUA